AUGAGACAAACUUCGUCUGAAAUCCCCAUCAUGCUUGGUCCAGACCGAAGACUCCCUUAUGAGGAUGUCGCCAAACUCAAUGCCUUCUACGAAGAAUAUAAAGCUUUCUGGGACGCGUCCUCUGAGGCAAUAAUUAGCGCGCCCUCCUCAUAUGCAUCAACAGAGUCUUCGCGAUCCAUUAGCUCCAUAUCGGAAAUCGACCAGUCGCUCUGCGCCCUAGAACUUUCGUCACCUGCUCCAGUCAUUUCCAGCCAAGCUGCAAUCUUGGAGUAUGAAGGUCCCUACAAGCAGCCAUUGUCACCCAUGGAGAGCUAUACCAACCACUGCCAGCGUGAAUUGUCCAACCUUGAUCAUAUGAACAACCCACUUUUUCAAGUACGGUCUUCGCACAAAAAGCUUUUUGGAGAAAACGGCUGGCUCGGGGGCACGGAAGGCUUGAGAAACCUAUCAAGUGAGAAGCACAAGUCUAAAGGCCUUAAGGAUCUGAGAAAGAAAAUAAUAGAAGGAUUUGCUGAAGGGAUGGCGAGGGCUUCCCUGACAAUCAGUCAUAAAUCCCGCGGCAUGCAAGGUCAUCUACCACAAUCAAGCGUUCCCAUCUCACUGAGUCCUCCAGUACAAGCAGUGCUGUAUUCGGAGCUGGAGGUUAUGAUAUGCGUCAGCGCGAAUGCAUUCCUCGUCCAACAGUAUAAGGAAGGUCGUCUUUCUGGAGAAUCGAUCAAGAAAAUCAAGGACUUCUGGGGAUCUAAAAACAGGCCACAGGUCGUUGAGUUCCAGUUUGACCAAGCCACUCAAAGACGCCUGAUCUCCGAAAACAAGAAAUCACUGAGAUUUCAUGCAGAGAGCUCGACGAAUCCAGUCCUUUUGAGUUCCAACCUCCAUAACUGGAAAGCAAUCGUGAAGGAGAUGAGCGUCCGCACUUUUUGUGCUCCUGACAGUGUGAUCCGAAAGCAUUUGCACGACGUCUACAAGCUCCUCGAUAUGCUAGGAGCACCGGUUGCCACCCUAGUCGUUUUCCAGAAACUGCACAUGCGAACACUGUCAUUGAUGGGAGAUCAUACGACGUGUCUUAAUUUUCGGCCAACGAAUUCCCGCGGGAAGCCCAGGGCACGUGGGCCGACGUCAUAG